AUGGCACCACUAUUUUGUCAUUCUAAUGUUAUUCAACAACAGUCAAACACAUUUUCAAAUACUUCAAGAAUAUGGCAACCAGAUUCAGAUGUUUUGUUAUGUCCAUUUUGCAGAAAAGCAUUUUCUUUUUUUCACCGAAGACAUCAUUGCAGAAAAUGUGGAUGUGUAGUUUGUUCAAACUGUUCAUCUAAUAACUGGGAAUUUUCAGGGUCAUUUAGUGGAGUAAAAAAUGUGAACAAACAUAACGGGUCUAAACUUGUCCGUGUCUGUGAUAAAUGCUUUCUGCAGUUAUUUGAAGAACAAUCGGGGAAAAAAGAAGGAUCUUGUUCACCAAUACUUGAACAAACACAGAUUAAUAAUGACGAUAUGUCAGAGUGCCCUGUAUGUUUAGAGUCUUUUUCAUUGAUACCAACAUUACUUGCUCGAGAAACACAUAUUGCUGAAUGCUUGGAAAACAACCGUUUUGUAUUUGAUUUAACUCUUAAACGACGAUUCUUGUCUUAUACCCUUCCUCCAUCUAGUUCUCUUGUAGGUACUGAAUGUAUAAUUUGUUUUGAAGAAAUGCAACCUGGGGAAAAAAUAGCACGCCUUGAAUGUUUUUGUAAUUAUCAUGCGAUAUGUAUAAAACAAUGGAUUUCUAUGACUAUUGGUAAUGGAGGAUGUCCUAUUCAUAUGCUACGAUCCUAG